AUGGAGGCGGGGUUCCAGUUUGGGGGAAGAGAGGCCCGCCACAUUUGGUGGCCCCUGCCAAUACUCCCGCUAUCCCUCCCGCUACUCCUCCUCCUCCACUUCCUCUUCCUCCUAUUUCUAGUCGGACUUGCCUCGCACUGUCUGUGUCACCUCCGCAUCUAUCUGUCUGUCGUUUCUAGCUCCAAUACGCGCCAUCCUGAGCAUAUUUCCGUUUCCGUAAGUAAAUCACCACUUAAAGGCCCCGCGCUGCCCUUCAUCACCGUAACGAUUCCUCUUCUCGUAGCUGGCAGUGGCGACACGGAUGAUCGCGACACCCUUUCUCAUCGGGUUUGUCAUGAGCUCGCAAUGAACGAUUCGAUUCCGCUAAAUAAAAAACUGGUUGUGAAGCUGUUGGAAGCGUUUCUUUUGUACGCGAGUCCAUGGAAACUGUGGGUGGGCUUGUUCACCAAAAUUGCGACGUGGCUAGAGUAAGUGGAGCAAGGUGGACGCUUUAGCUCAAUGACAAAGUUGACGAUUCAGGCGGAGGAGCGGAUUUUGGAUGCUGUUCAGAAUACUCGAGAGAGGAAACCGAGUCUGAAGGAAGCUGCAGGAGCGUACAAAGGGUGUGCCCUAUACAGAUGUUCUGUGUCGCAUGCAAGCCUAUGACUACGGGGCGUGCUGGUGGCAGGUAUGGGUUGGCAUGUUGCAUAAAAUUUGUGUUCCAAAGAAACGAUGGAGCAACAUGAUUCCGGGCAAGGGGCAGACACAGUUGUGUCUGUGCCGAUGGCCCUGGGUAUCUCCUCGUCUUCUGCCUCACCUGCUGC